UCCAUGCAUGCAUACAUUUAAAUAUGUUAUUUGUAUCCUUGAAAUAUAAAAGUUUGGCUCAAGGCAACUGUUGGACUGCUUUACACACCUUUUACUCUGAGAAUAUUGAGUAUUUCUAUCUUGGACUUUUCUUUCUUCUGAAAUAUCUUAUAUAUAAACUGAACUGCUUACAAUUACAUGGACAGACGACGCCUCGACCGCGAAAAUGAAGAGAAACUUCAAAGAUUCGAUCCACUGGAAGUUACGUUCUUAGAUCGAAAGACAGGGGUGGAGUACACAGCUGAUGGAAAGCCAUUCUGGUUAUCCCAAGGGCAAUCAACAGACUCACAGAACUAUUCUGAAGAGGGUGCCAACUAUCCCUCCCAACCCUGGCACGGAGAAUACACUAAUGAAGCGAUUGAAUGUGACACCCAAAGAUUUACAUACUCGGUGCCACAAGAUAUAGCGCCAUCUGGCAAUCAGCAACACUGGAAGGAAACUCGCGAGACUGAGAUGAACACGUCGUCUGCUGGUAAUGACUUUUCAAGAGUUUUCACCGUGUCUGGUAAACAGCAAGAACCUCCUCCUUCUUACGGCAGAUACCACGAAUCCCAGCAAACACCUGCACAAGGCCGAUAUUGGUCUGAACAAACUCAGCAGUGGCAAGGAUACACUCCACAAUUAUCUGGAUCAACGCCACAGUGGUCUGCACAAGAUCAACAAUGGACCGGACAAAGCCAAUGGCCUAUGACCACUUCCUCUAACGUCACUGUAACACAGCCGUCCGUAACUAACAACGUGGUGAUUUCCUCAGGGCGUAAGCCUGAUAAUCAUUUAUGCAUGAGUAUAUUCGUAUUGAUCUGUUGUUUUUGGCCGAUAGGCAUCUGUGCUGUGGUUCAAUCAAGUCAGGUCAACCAGUUAUAUGCACAAGGGAAGCAUGUUGAAGCCCAGCAGAAAUCUAGAUCCGCCAGAAGCCUAAGCAUUGCAGGAAUGGUUUUAGGUUUUAUUAGCUACGGAGUUGCUGCAGUAAAUGUGUUUUUCAGACUCAAAAACAGCCAUUUAAUCUAAAAUGUUCUUUUUUUUUCCAUCAAUAAAGUGCGUGUAUUUUUUUGGGUUGUUCAAAUGAAAUUUAUGUAUUGAAUGGAGCCGGUUCAAACUGAAUCAGCGGAGGAAGACGGUGUAAGAUCUUUUAACUUAUAGCAGUGAUGAUCUAACUACGACAUGCGGACUUUUUCCGAUCCGUCUCUUGAUAGUUCUACCCGUUAGACUUAACUUAACGCAGCCAGUGACAAAUGUUUCAGACUUUGACUCGAACCCUAGGUCGAUAAAUGUUGGCCAACGCUAGUCUGCUGUAAGGUUACCCCCUUUCAAAUAUUGCGAUGUAGAAAUCAUGUUUCUAUGGCCCACGGUUAGCGAGGGUGUCAUGUGGCUAGCACGGACGAUCAACCUCAUUCACUUUCUUCGACUAAUCUCAGGUAGCCGUUGGAGUUAGACUCAGGGGCGUCAAAAUAUAUCAGAAAUUCUAAAUCCCAGUCUUCUCCGAGAUUUGAACCCAAGACUCAUCGGUUCGGAAGCCAGGCGAUUUGCGACUCAGCCCAAAGCGCGUCUCAUUCAACUCAAAUGUUCUUUGUACUCACUAUAGAGUGGAAUAAAUUCAUAGACGGACACGAGUAUUUUGCGCAUCGCCUUAUGUAGAAAUUAGAUGGACUGUUAAUAGAGGACCUUGACUGCGUAGGCUCACUGAUGAAACAUGCAAUUUUGUAUAAUCUGACGACAUUCGUCUAUUACAGAUCAACAUCAGCUUCAUAAAGAAGAAAUUGAUGUUUUAAAAAAACUUUCGUUGUUUAGAGCUAAGAAGUUGGGAAAAAAAAAGAAUUUACAGAAAUACCUGUUAGUAAAACUGUUACUCACUGGAUAACCCUAGCCUACAUAUUUUAAGAACUACAAGUUAAUGGAAAUAAUUUUCCAGGUGAAAUCUGGUACUAAAUAAUUAUGCCGAGAAUUAUACAUUCAGAUUUAGAUUUAGCUUAUUAAGAUUUACGAUUGAAUAGAUUUUUUUAAAAACCAAUUGUUAACAAGGCUUGCGGACACAUCGACCUACCUCCAUAGUUUUUAUUUUGCUGGCUAAUGUCAGUUCCCCAGUAUAGCUUACUAAACUCAAUGGGGGCAAAAAAGUCACCAAUAGAAAUCUUCACCGGAACAGUGUGUCAGUGCUGCGUGUUUGUGUGUGUGUGUGUGUUUAAUUGUGUCUGUGCGUAUUUGACUAUUUUGUACAUUUGUAAAUAAUUUUAUUUUGUCAUAUAUUUACUUUAGUUUUACUGUGUUUUGUUUCGUUUAAAUGCAAUUUGAAAACUGAAAUAUUUUUAAUUUCUUUUGUUUUCUUCCAUGACAUUUUGGUUUUAACAAUGGCAUUUAUAUUUUAUGUAUUGCCCGGGGGAGUCCGCGUCACUCUUUAUCCAAAUAAUCGAUUCAGACAAAAGUCAUUUUACAUAUAUUUAUCUUGUUUUAGAAAAUGAAAACUAUUUUUGUAUAUCUUUUACUAUGUCAAAAACAUACAAUUUAGUUGAAUUA